UUUUCUACUACGUUUCUAUUAUUAAAAAAAAUAAAAUAAAACAGAAUGUCUAUUGCAAUUGAUUUAAAAAGUCAAAAAUAUGAUCGUCAACUAAGACUGUGGGCAACUACUGGACAGCAAGCUUUAGAAGGUGCCAAUAUUUGUUUGUUAAACGUCAACUCAACAAGUUGUGAAAUAAUUAAGAAUUUAGUAUUGCCAGGCGUUGGCCAUGUUACGAUUGUGGAUGAUGAGAAAAUAACAAAAGAUGACAUUCGCAGUAAUUUCUUUUUAGGGCCUGAUAGUACAGGUCUUUCAAAAGCUAAAUGUGCAGCAGAAUUGCUUCAAGAACUAAAUGAAGAUGUUGUAGUAGAUUAUGUCGAAAAGAGUCCUGUUCAAUUAAUAGAAAAUGAUAUUAGUUUCUUUGAACCUUUUACAAUGAUUAUUGCAGUUAACUUGUCUGACAAUUAUUUACCAACAAUAGCAUCCUUUUGCCAUCAUUUUAGUAAAAGCCUCAUUAUUGGCAAAAGUAAAGGACUCGUAGGCUUCUUUUCAAUACAAUCACCACAACAUAGAAUUAUCGAGACUCAUCCCGAGAAUACAACUGAUCUUCGUCUAAAUUGUCCUUUUAAACAACUAAGUGAAUAUGUUGAAAGAUAUGAUUUAGACAGUUUAGAUCAAACCGACCAUAGUCAAGUACCUUUUGUUGUCAUUCUUUUAAAAUAUGCUGAAAUUUGGAAAUCAGAACAUGAAGGACAACUUCCACAAAGCUAUCAACAAAGACAAGAAUUUAUUAAAAGACUUCGAGCUGAUAUGAGGACUCCCGAAGAAGAAAACUUUGAAGAAGCUAUCGCGAAUGUUUGGAGACUUGCACCUACAAAUAAUAUUUCAUCAGAACUCCGACAUAUAUUUGAAGAUCCGUGCUGUCAGAAUGUAAAUAGUAAUUCACCUUAUUUUUGGAUUUUAGCACGAACUGUACGUGAUUUUAUUGAUAAUGAGGGUCAAGGUCAAUUGCCUUUAUCAGGAAAAUUACCUGAUAUGAAAUCAGAUACUUGUAAUUAUAUUGCUUUACAAAAUGUGUAUCGUGAAAAGGCUUUAUCUGAUUUUAAUACAAUUAAAGAAAGAGUAAAAGACUUUCAUGUACAAAUUCCAGAUGAAACAAUCGAACUUUUCUGCAAAAAUGCCUCAAAUAUUCGUGUUAUUCAGUAUAAAUUAUUAUCUGAAAAUCAAUUAUCUCCAGAGAAAUUAAUCAACUUGUUUAAUAAUGAAGAAAACUUUUGUUACUAUUUUGUAUUCAAAGCAGCAGAUAGAUUCCAGUCAGAAUAUGGCUAUUUACCAGGUAUAAAUAGAAAACUUCUUUUCUUGACAUUUUUUCUUAACUUUAAACUAGAUUCAAUCGAAGAUUAUGAUAAACUGGAAGAACAAGCACAAUUAUUAAUGGAAGAGCUGGGCAUCAUGUCUAAGGAUAUAGAAGAAAGAAUAUUAAAAAGCGAUACAUUUGAUAAGGCUUUAGUAAACUAUUUACACUUUAGUAACUUGGAAACCCCGAAUUUGGCUUCUCUUAUAGGUGGCUUGGCAGCUCAGGAAGCGAUUAAAAUGAUAACUCAUCAAUAUAUACCUAUUAAUAACACUUGUGUAUUUAAUGGCAUUAGUUCUACAAGCAGUGUAUUUGAAUUAUAAGACAAAAAAUAAAAAAUCAAUUUUUUUUUUUUUUUUAAAUAAA